CCUCUUCCUUCCUUCCUUCCUUCCUUGCCUCUUUCAACUUUUUUUUAAGAAAGGGAAAAAAUGGCGUGUACUUCAGGUAUUACCACGUUCUUCAACAGCUUCACUCAUAAAGUAGAGCGCAAGGUCAAGAACAUCUUCCACAAGGAGACAGAAGAAGAGCGCGAGCACAAGUAUCAGUCCACCACACAUCGUUAUGGGUCGUUCGCUCCUGUACGUCAUGACGCCAGUGUAAAGUACUUUGUUGAUGGCCAUGACUACUGCUGGGCCGUCUCUGAAGCAUUAGAAAACGCAAAACAUGUUAUUUUCAUCGAGGAUUGGUGGCUGGUAAGAGAAAAAAGAGCAUAAGGUGGGGUGUGGAGCUUCAUUUGAACAUUAGAUGACUGACCGAUGGUGCUGACUGCUGUAAUCUGGAUUAGACACCUGAGCUG